GGAAGUGCUCCUGUGUUGUCAUCGACGAGUCGCAUGUGUGCGAAGUCUGCGGUCUUUGGGAUGCAUAGAGGCGAAAGUUUCUCCUGUCCUGACAGUUAACCGUGUGCAAGAUGACGGCCCAGGAGAUCCGUCUGUGUGGCCUCCUGCUGCAGGAGCAUUUCGGAGAGGUGGUGGAGAAAGUGGGAACUCACCUUCUCCAAAGGGGAGCACAGAACUUGAGGACCAUCGUCCAAGAAACCAACCUCUCGGUGAAUUUGGUAAAGAAGUGUCUGUGCGUGCUUGUGCAACAUGGGGCUUGUUGUUUCACCUCUGGCCGUAAAGGACCGGGCAGCCCCACAGAGUACCGGGCCUGCUCCGAUCGGAUCCUGAGAGUUCUGCGCUACCCGCGUUACAUCUACACGGCCAAAACGCUGUACGGCGACACGGGCGAGCUCAUCAUAGAGGAGCUGCUGCAGCGUGGCCACAUGACGAUGAGCGGCACGGUGAAGACGGUCGCAGACCGACUCACGCAGAACAUGGAGGAAGGCCACAGCAUGGAUUACAGAGAAGUGUCUUCCGCUUUCUCCAAACUGGUGGAGACCCAUUUCCUCCAGCGCUGCCCUCCAGUGGGAGGAGCAGGAACUUCAGGCACUACCGCUCCUGCUGCGGCUCCUGCAGCUGCUGCAACUCCUGCAGCCGCUGUAAGCGUUGCCCCGCCGACUCCAGAGAGCUUUCCUGAGUGCUACAGCGUACCACAUGUUUCGCUCAUUGGACGAGGCAAACGGCAGCUUGUCCCCGAGAACGGAGAGGACCAGAGGAAUGCAAAAAGGGCUAAGAUGGACACAGAGACACAUGGUGAUGAAGGAAUUUACUGGCAGGUGAAUUUUGAGCGUUUCCAUCAACACUUCAGAGACCAGGCGAUCAUCAGUGCUGUGGCCAAUAAGUUGGAUCAGACCAGCAGUGAAAUAGUGAGGACCAUCCUGAGGAUGAGUGAGGUGACCACUUCGGCCACCGCUGCCUGCACUAAGCCACUCUCAGCCAAUGAGGUCUUCAGGUCCCUCCCUGCCAGCUACAACAUCCCCAGACACAUUUUGGAUCAGUAUCUGACUCUGCUGGUGGACGACCCGAUGGAGUUCGUUGGGAAGACUGGAGAAAGUGGAGGAGGAAUGUUUGUUGUCAAUCUGCACAGAGCUCUUGCAAACCUGGCUCGAGCCACGGUUGAGUCCAUCGUGCAGGAGAGAUUUGGCUCCCGGUCGGCUCGUAUCUUCCGUCUGUUGCUACGGAAGAGACACCUGGAGCAGAAGCAGGUGGAGGACUUUGCCAUGAUUCCAGCAAAGGAGGCUAAAGACAUGCUGUACACGCUGCUGUCCCACAACCUGGUGCAGCUCCAGGAAAUCCCCAAAACCCCAGAUUUUGCUCCGUCUCGCACUUUUUAUCUUUACACCGUCAACCAGCUCCCAACCGCCAGGAUGCUGCUGCAGAACUGCUACAAGACCGUGGCCAACCUCAUAGAGCGACGCCUGUUUGAGACCAAAGAAAACAAGCGCCUCUUGGAGAAAUCUCAGCGAAUCGAAGCCAUUCUGGCGUCUCUGCAGGCCAGCGGGGCAGAGCCCGAACAGCUGAGCGAAGUCGAGGAGAUGAUCUCUGCUCCCGAGAAGCAGCAGCUGGACGUCUUGAAGCUUCAUGUUAACAAGUUAGAUUCAGCAGAGAACCAAGUAGAUGAAACCAUCUUUAUCUUAGAAUCCUACGUCAGCUCCACGUCUACUUCUUGAGUCGUAAUGGUUAAAAUUGAUUCCAAAAUGUCAUCAUUUUUAAAAAUGAUUUCUUUAGUGUUUCUGUUAACUUUGACUGAAUAUGUUUAUUUUUCUUGUUUUUAUUGUGUGGAUCGCGACUGAAUAAAUAUCAAAACACCUUU